CUAAAUCCUAAUUCAUCACUCACUCUUUCAUCUUCCUCAGUCUUUUCUUCCCCCCAGCUCUGAGUGUAAACCCUAAUUUCUACCUUCCAUAACAUGAUUCGGAUCUCAAAACCUAAACCUCUGCUAACGCUCACUCACCAACUCCUUCAGCGCUGCACCGUAAGUGGAACCGCCAAAGGCAAGGCUAAGCUAAAGUCGGGGCAGCCAUUAAAGCGCUCCAAAAUCUCGUCCAAGAAAGGCGGACCUCAAAAAGAUGGUGACUCCUCUGGGCAAGGAGGAAGGAUCCAGGAUGAGAAGCAACGGCUGUAUCACGAGUGUCUUAACGCCCCCACCCCCGUCCGCCACCUCACCCCCAGAGAGCGAGCCCGCGAAGUGGAGAGGGAGAAGAUGGGUCUGAUGAGCAAGGAGCGGCAGCGGGAAGUGGAGAUACUGAAGAAAGGAGGCAGAAAGGCACUUGGGGUCCCUGACGACCCCAUGAUAAUUGGGACGCCAGGGCUGGAUCUCAUUACCUUAGGAUUGGUUGAUGCGGACAAGAUACCCAAGUACGAGCUGACGGUGGAGGAUGGGAGGAGGUUGGCGAAGGAGUAUAGCAGGGUGUUGAUGAGGAAACACAGGGCAAGGCAGGCGGCAGAGAGUACGUUGUUGAGGUUGAAAAAGGAGGCAAUAGAGGCAUUGCCUGAGAAGCUAAAGCAGGCGGCUUUGGUACCGGAUUUGGCACCGUUCCCGGCAAACAGGUUUAUGGCAACUUUGACACCGCCUAUUGAAGGGUAUAUUGAGAAGAUGUAUUGAAGAAAAAAAAAAGUGUGUUAUAGCAUUAGCAAAUGUUAACUUGUUUCUUAUUAAUGAAUGACAAUAAAUCAUGUGAAGUUUGGUGUUGCAGAAGUGGAUGCAAAGCAAGCAGAGUUGUGAUCUUUUUCACGAGUGAAAUUGCUCUAGUCAAAGUAGUUUGAGAUGGAGUAUUGGAAGGCAGUAAUAAUUCGGUUUGAGGUUGUCUUUGGAACCGUGUCUGUAUCAGCUUUUGUUGAUUUUGCUGAAACCGCAUUUUUGAUUGAUUUCCAGAUGUACAGGAAGGACCAAAUUUUGCUUGAUAUUUGGAUCAUUGAAUUGCAGUCCAUAUCAUUCGACUGUUAUAAUCAUAGGCAGAUUUUCAAGGCAAGAUAAGACAAUAGUUUUGUUGUAUAUGAUACAAAUGGGAUGUCAAUUAACGUCUGCAAAUAAAUGAAUAUGCAUGAAGGUAACUAACAAACCACCCAGAUGACGUGACAGGAAAAGCAUACCAGCAGCAACGCUCAGAAAAACAUCAAUACUUUACUUUCAUGGAAAAAGAGAAUUCGUACCAUAUAAACGUGUUAUUGUGAUAAAAGUUAACUAACCAUGUGACAAUUCUAUUCUUGAAUCACCUUGCGGGCGAAGGAACGAACCUACACACUGGAGAGUUCAUUAAAUGUUGAAUUUACUU